AUGAUGAUUUUUUUCACAAGUGGAACCACGGGUUACCCAAAGAUGGCCGAGCACACGCAUGCUAGUUAUGGUCUUGGACAUACUCUCACUGCCCGGUACUGGUUGAUGGUGGAUCCUUCAAGUAUUCUGUGGAACCUCUCAGACACAGGCUGGGCCAAGUGUGCUUGGUCAUCGCUGUUUGCUCCUUGGAUACAUGGUUCUUGCGUGUUUGUCUACAACUCCAGCAAGUUUGAUCCCCAGGAGGUGCUACAGGUUUUAUCAGCCUACCCGAUUAGCCACUUCUGUAGCUCCCCAACUGGCAUGCGACUUAUGAAAACAGAGAACAUAAGCAGUGUUAAAUUGAAAGCCUUAAAGCACUGCGUUGGAGCCGGGGAGCCUGUUAAUCCAGAACUGAUUGAAAUCUGGAAGAAAGACACAGGCCUGGAGAUAUUUGAAGGCUAUGGUCAGACUGAAACAACGUUACUCUGCUGUCGCUCACCAAGCAUCCCCUACAAGGAAGGUUCCAUGGGAAAAGCUGCCCCUGGGAUAGACCUUCAAGUAGUUGAUGAUGAUGGAAACAUUCUUGGACCUGGGACUGAAGGCAAUCUGGCAAUCAGGGUCACUCCCAUUCGUCCUGUGGGUCUUUUCACCAAGUAUCUGAAUGAUCCUGACCGCACGGCAGAGUCAUUUGUUGGGGACUUUUACCUCACCGGGGAUCGAGGUUACAUCGAUGAGGACAAUUACAUCUUUUUUGUCGGUCGCGCAGAUGAUGUGAUCAGUUCGUCGGGCUAUCGAAUUGGUCCAUUUGAAGUUGAAAGUGCACUUCUAGAACACCCAGCCGUUCUAGAAUCAGCAGUUGUUAGCAGCCCAGAUGAAAUACGAAAAGAGGUGGUGAAAGCAUUUAUCAAGUUGAUGCCGGAAUAUGAGAAAGUUGAUCACGAGGCCCUCAAGCAGGAGUUACAGAACCAUGUGAAAGCUGUCACCGCACCCUACAAAUAUCCUAGAAAGAUUGAGUUUGUGGAUUCUCUCCCGAAAACUAUCAGUGGGAAAAUCCGCAGAGUGGAACUUCGCAAUAAAGAGUGGGGUGUAAAGUCAUAA